GCUGCUCUGAUUCUGCUCCAGGGAUGUCUUAAAAAAAAUUGCCUCUCUGUUAAGAAAAAAAAAACUCAGCCUUGCAAUAAACUCUGUGACGCAACCCUGGAGUCCAGCAUGAAAGUGCAAUCUGUGCUCAGUGAGACAGAAGAAGCAGAGCUGUAGACCACAUCUGAUACCCGCUUCCCGUCUCUAAAAACUCACGCAGACCAGGGGAUGGAGAAGCUGCUGAGGUGCUGUCGUAUCAGAAGCCCUUUGGUCAGGGAAUGUCUGGCUGAAUGUCUAGGAGUUUACGUCAUGAUUUUGUUUGGAUGUGGAUCCGUUGCACAGUCGGUCACCUCUCAGGAAAAAAAUGGCCAGUAUCUUUCAAUUAAUCUGGGCUUUGCUUUUGGGGUCACGUUUGGGGUCUUUGUGUCCCGUGGAGUCUCAGGGGGCCACCUGAAUCCUGCAGUUACUCUGAGCUUGUGUGUUUUGCGAAGACACCCAUGGCUGAAGCUUCCUUUUUACACCAUUUUCCAAGUGCUUGGAGCCUUUCUGGCUGCAGCCACAGUUGCUCUGCAGUACUAUGACGCCAUCCAGAAUUACAGCGGGGGUCAGCUGACGGUGAGCGGCCCGAAUGCCACAGGUGGAAUAUUCUGCACUUAUCCAGCUGAUUACCUCAGUUUGUGGGGAGGCAUAAUAGACCAGGUGAUUGGCACUGCUGCCCUUCUGCUGUGUAUUCUGGCUCUAGGAGACCAGAGGAACACCUCCAUACCGGAUUAUCUUCAGCCUCUCCUGGCUGGAGCUACAGUGCUGGUUAUCGGCAUGUCGAUGGGCUCAAACAGUGGAUAUGCCCUGAACCCGGCCAGGGAUUUGGGUCCUCGGAUCUUCACUUACAUUGCUGGCUGGGGAGAUGAAGUUUUCAAGGCUGGAGGUGGUUGGUGGUGGGUCCCUUUAGUCGCCCCCUGCAUCGGCGCACUGGUCGGUACUCUGAUCUAUGAACUACUGAUUGAAGUCCACCAUCCACCCCUCCUCUCUGAGACCCAGUCUUCAUGUCAGGAAUCGUCAGACAACGUAACAUCAGAUAAAACUAAUCUGGAGUUGGAGAAAGUGGAACCAGGUGGUGGAAAACCUAUUUAGCCAUCGAACUGAGUGUUUUUGGGAAAAAAAAAAUCAAUCUGCUAUUAAUUCUCUUUUACAAAUGUUGAUUUAUGAGUUUCAUUCAUUCACGCCUGAGAGCUGCAAGGCUUCCAGGUGUCUAAGGGAGAGGGGUUGUUUAUCCUGUUAGGGAUUGUUUGGGAUAAAAUACAACAACAAGCUGGACUGUUUCU